AGAGAGAGUGUGCUGGAACUUAUUUGAAAACUUUUCCAAACUCUGUUCCGAAAUGGCAAAGAAAAACACAGAAGAUGAGACUGAGAAUGACCCGUGCUCUCCCAAGAAGCAGUCUCCGCGACUGUGUGGAACCACCUACCCCCUCAGCAUUAUAUUCGUGGUGGUGAAUGAAUUCUGUGAACGCUUCUCCUUCUAUGGCAUGAAAGCUGUUCUCACCCUGUACUUUGCAAACUUCCUUCAUUGGGACGAUGAUCAGUCCACGGCCAUUUACCAUGCCUUCAUGGGACUCGCCUACUUCACGCCAGUCUUGGGAGCCCUCAUUGCUGACUCCUGGCUGGGAAAGUUCAAGACCAUCGUCAUCCUUUCUAUUGUGUACAUCAUCGGCCUCGUGGUGACAUCAAUCGGUGCCAUUCCACCGGUGGGCAACCAUACGGUACAUUUGGUCUUAUCCAUGUUUGGUAUCUUCCUAAUUGCCUUGGGCGCAGGCUGCAUUAAGCCCUGUGUGGCAGCUAUUGGCGGUGACCAGUUUGAAGAGGGCCAGAACGUAGAGAGAAGGAGGUUCUUCUCUUUCUUCUAUCUGUGCAUCAAUGCAGGAAGCUUGUUGUCCACCAUCAUCACUCCCAUCCUACGAGCGGACGUGAAGUGCUUUGGCGGAGAGUGUUACGCUUUAGCUUUCGGCGUUCCUGCUGCUCUGAUGGUGGUAGCAACAGUCGUCUUCCUAUCUGGGAGUGGUUUGUACAAAAACCUUCCACCGCAAGGAAACGUAUUGGUCGGUGUCUCCAGGUGUAUUGGGUUUGCAAUCAGAAAUCGCUGGAAACAUCGUUCGAGUACCUAUGCGAAAAGGGAACAUUGGCUUGACUGGGCAACGGAAAAAUAUCCAGAACAUGUUAUCAAGGAGAUUAAGAUGGUCACUCGAGUCCUGUUUCUUUAUCUCCCUCUUCCAAUGUAUUGGGCACUUUUUGACCAGAUGGGAUCCCGAUGGACUCUGCAAGCCACUGGAAUGAAUGGUGACUUUGGCGGAUUUAUUAUACAACCUGAUCAGAUGCAGACAAUUAACGCCAUUUUGAUAGUCACUUUUAUUCCAAUCUUUGACAUGGGGAUUUAUCCACUCUUUGCGAAAUGUAAACUUAAGGUGACGCCUCUCAGAAGGAUGACGGUCGGCAUGCUGCUGACUUCCGUGGCGUUUAUAGCCGCGGCCUUUGUGGAGCUCCAGGUGCAGAGCACUCUGGUGCCAGAACCCGGUGUUAAAGAAAGUUACGUUCAGUUCCUAAACCUGGCUGAUAAAGAUAUUACCAUCUCGCUCCAAGGUCACGAUGGCUUUCCAACCACCAUGGCACCCUCUCAGGAUCCAGAUCAUUACAUCAAAUUGCAGCUUGAUUCUAACAACCAAUCCUUCAUGUUUGAUCUGACGUAUGAAGGCAGGAACACAACAUGCCAUCAAACUCUCAGUGAAGCCAAUGCCUACAGCAUUCUGUUCUAUAACGAGAGCACAAACCUACAUUGCCGAUUGUUGGAAGACGAGAAGUCCAAGCCACAGAAGGGCAAGGCCACCCUGAGGUUUGUGAACGCCUACAGCAGGGACCUGAACUUCACACUUGGCGGUGAGGAAUUCGGCACGGUGGAAUCAAACUACGGCAGCUCCACGUACAAAGUCUUCACCCGAGGACACUACCAGGGAACGUGUGAAGAUGGUGCGAUCGAAUACCCUGUGGAUUUGGGUCUGUUGGACUUUGGAGCGGCGUACACCAUCAUUACAGACGUGGUACCCGAAGAACGCAGGUUGAAGAUCUGGAAGACUGAAGACAUCAGAGCGAAUACAAUCCACAUCGCGUGGCAAAUCCCACAGUACGUGCUGAUGGCUGCUGGAGAAGUGAUGUUCGCACUUACUGGGUUGGAGUUUUCCUACUCUCAGGCCCCUAUAAACAUGAAAGCUGUGCUUCAGUCUGGCUUGCUCCUGACUGUGGCUUUCGGGAACAUCAUUGUGGUUAUCGUGGCCAAGUCUGCGUUCUUGGAGCAGUGGGAAGAGUUUGUGCUCUUUGCCUGUCUCCUGGUUGCUGUCUGCAUCAUAUUCUCCAUCAUGGCUUACCACUACACCUACGUGGACUCCGGAGAGUUGGCCAAGCCGGCCAAGGAUGCAGAGGAGGAGAUCGCUCUAUCACUACCGUACGCAGACGAACCCCUCGACGCAGUUUACAAGCAGACCAGCAGGUAGACCGGGGGGGUUGACGCCAACCAUCACCCUGCCCCCAGCGCCAUUCACGAGUCCGUCCC